GAGGCCUAUGUUGGUUUCGAGGAUGGAGAAAGAUCCGAAGGAGAAAUGGGAAGGGAAAGUAUCGGCGACGCUGAGAAAUGCGUCGGCGAAGCAGACAUGGGAGCUGAUGAAGGACUUCUUCAACCUUCAUAAAUGGUUCCCCACCCUGGCGACCUGCUACGGCAUCCAUGGCUCCAACGGUGAGCCUGGCUGCAUCCGAUACUGCUCUGGCUCUUCCAUCCCCUCCGACGGAGCCGAUCAACGCCUCAGCUGGUCCAAGGAAAGGCUUCUGGCCAUCGAUCACGACGAACGCACCAUCGUCUAUGAAAUCGUGGAGAGCAAUAUCGGCUUCAAUUCCUACCGCUCAACUAUGAAGGUGUCGCCCAUGGCUGCCGACGGUCACGACGGUUCUCUGAUAGAGUGGCAUUUCUCCCUUGAUCCUAUCGACGGUUGGGUACUGCAGGAUUUGAUCGCCAAAUACGAUCUUGGCCUCCAACGCAUGGCUGCCAAAAUGGACCAUCAUAUUCAUUCUGCAAAUUCGCCCAAUGCUUAA